UAUGAUUGUAGAAAAAUGGCUGCGGUGCAGUGGCGAUCCAGGGGGCGCAACUAUGAGGCAGAGCUGCAGAAAUGCCGUCCUGAGGCUGCUCUGGUUGAGUUUGGAGACUACCAUCCCCUCAAAUCCAUCAUGGUGACAGAUACAAAGACCCGCCGUGGGGCACGUAAAGGCAGCACCUCCUCCUCUUCGUCCUCCUCCUCCUCGGCACCCCCGGACCCCCUCAGCUCCAUGCUGGAUGGGACCGACCCUCUCUCCCUGUUUGCAGCAGCCUCGGCCACUGAGACUCCUGCCAUGUCACACAGCGCCUCCACAGGGGACCUGGGGAGGAAGAAGUGGGAGAAGGAGAAGGAGGAAGAGGUGGUGGGUCCAGACUUUGAGCCCUGGUCCUUAAAACGAGGAGAGAUCCUGGCCAGGUUCACCACCACUGAAAAACUCUCAAUUAAUCUUUUCAUGGGUUCUGAUCGAGGAAAUGCUUCAAGUCCAGGAUCCACCGCUGUGUCAGAGAAAGUUCGAACUCGCCUCGAGGAACUGGAUGAUCUGGAGGAGGGUUCCCAGAGAGAGCUGUUGAACCUCUCCCAGCAGGAGUACGCUAACCGCAUCGAGGAGCUGAACCAGUCCCUGAAGGAGGCCUGGGCCUCGGACCAGAAGGUCAAAGCCCUGAAGAUCGUCAUCCAGUGCUCAAAGCUUCUGUCCGACACCUCGGUGAUCCAGUUCUACCCCAGCAAGUUUGUUCUCAUCACCGAUAUCCUCGACACUUUCGGCCGCCUGGUGUACGAUAGAAUCUGGACCAUGUGUUCAGACCCACGUCCCCUACCAGACUCGUUCACAGUCGACGAUGUGAACGACACGGCCAAGGAGACGUGCCUCAACUGGUUCUUCAAGAUCGCGUCCAUCAGAGAGCUUCUGCCCAGAUUAUACGUUGAAGCUGCUAUUCUCAAGUGCAACCGCUUCCUGAACAAAUGCGGUAUUCAGGAAACCCUCCCUCGGUUGACAGCCAUGAUCAGAGGGAUUGGAGACCCCUUGGUGGCAGCGUACACCAGAGCUUACCUCUGCAGGGUGGGCGUGGAAGUCGCCCCCCACCUGAAAGACAGCCUGAACCGCAACUUCUUCGACCUGCUGGGCACUUUCCGGCAGAUCAGCAGCGAGAGCGUCCAGAACCAGCUGGUCCUGCAGAGGGUGGAGGUCCCCGAGUACCUGACGCUUUAUUCCCCCGCCAUCAGCUGGAUCCUGCAGUGCAUUGCCUACCGAGCUCCAGAGCCUCUGCUAACGGAGAUGAUGGAGAGAUGCAAGAAGCUGGGGAACAAUGCUUUGCUGCUGAAUUCCGUUAUGAGGGCGUUCAGGCCAGAGUUUGUUGCAGCCAGAGCCACCGACUUCAUCGGUAUGAUUAAAGACUGCGACGAGGCCGGCUUCCCAAAGCAUCUGUUGUUUGGCUCUUUGGGCCGCAGUGUGGCCUGUGCCGAUCCGCCAGAAUCGGAGAGACUGACGAUCCUAAAUGAGGCCUGGAAGGUUGUGACAAAAGUCCGCAGCCCUCAGGAUUACGUCAACUGCGCUGAGAUCUGGGUGGAGUUCACCUGCCGACACUUCACAAAACGUGAGGUCAACACGGUUCUGGCUGACAUCAUCAAACACAUGACCCCUGACCGGGCGUUUGAGGACGCUUAUCCUCAGCUGCAGUCAGUGAUCAGGAAGAUCCUAACCUACUUCCAUGACUUCUCCGUCCUCUUCUCCAUGGAGCGUUUCCUGCCGUUCCUAGACAUGUUCCAGAAGGACAGUGUGAGGGUGGAGGUGUGCAGAUCCAUCAUGGAGGUCUUCAUCAGACACCAGGUAGAGCCCACCAGAGACCCGGUCAUCCUGAACGCCAUGUUGCACAUCUGCAAGACCAUGCACGACUCUGUCAACGCUCUCACUCUUGAGGAUGAGAAAAGAUCUUUAGCUCUCCUGAUCAUCGGCUUCAUCCGCAUGGUUUGUUUUGGUCGUGACUUUGAGCAGCAGUUGAGUUUCUGUGUGGAGGCCAGAGCGACCUUCUGUAACCUGGAGUCGGUGAUGGUGCAGCUCAUCCACACGGUGAACCAGCUGGCAAUGGAGACCAACCGGGUGAUGAGAGGGAGUCACUCCCGCAAGACAGCGGCCUUUGUCAGGGCGUGCGCUGCUUACAGUUUCAUCACCAUCCCGUCUCUCAGCAGCAUCUUCAGUCGUCUCAGCCUCUAUCUGCUGUCUGGUCAGAUCGCGUUGGCAAACCAGUGUCUCUCCCAGGCGGAUGCUUUCCUAAAGGCGGCGGUCAGUCUUCUCCCGGAGGUCCCUCGCUCCAUCAGCGUGGAGGGGAAACUUCGAGCGUCUGAGAGCUUCCUGCUGGACUUCAUCAACAACUUCCUGGCUACGCUGCUGGUUGUCCCGGACCAUCCAGAGCAUGGCGUGCUCUACCUUGUGCGCGGUCUACUCAACAUGAUCCAGGAUUACACCUGGGAGGAGAACAGCGAUGCCAAGGUGCGGGUCUAUGUCAGCGCUCUGCCCCUGCUGGCCGCUAUGAGCCAGGAAACCUACCUCUACUCCAUCCCUAAAGUGGACUCCAAUGAGACUCUUUAUGGAGGAGACCCCAAGUUCCUAUUGGAGAUCAACAAGCUGAGCGAGACUCUGAUUGGACAGGUGCUUGACCAUCUGAAGGCGCUCGGCCGGGACGAGCAGAGCACACGGCGCCAGGGCGCUCUGGCCUUCUCCCUGUUCGGCGUGCUGCUGGCUCACGGCGACCUGAGGACCAACAAGCUGAGCCAGCUGGCCGUCAACCUGUGGAACCUCAGCCACAAACACGGAUACUGUGAGACCCGCGUCUCGGUUCGGACCCUGGAGUUCAUCAAACAGCAGGCCCGGCAGGCGGACAUGAGCCACCUGUUGGACACAGUCCAGCGGCUGGUGCUGCAGUCCCGCACCUGAUCCUCAACGACCGUAGGAAAAGGUUUCUGCCCCAAGGUUCGUGUCAAUAAAAGAUAACAAGAAGGACAACGAAGAAGAAAAGAAAUGACUGAAUGUGUUUGGUGUGAGGAUACCUUCUGAACAUUUCAAGGGGUGGGAAUAUUUAAUUUUUGAUUUCAACACUAAAUAUUUACAAUCAGUUUGAACCAAUAAAAAAACAAAGAGAGAGCUCUUCUUGU